AUACGCAAGGACGUUAGAAAAUUGAGAUGAUGGGGCCAUGAGCCCGAGCCCCGAGGUCAUCAAGAGUCGCAAGUGCGUCUCAAGCGGGCCUGCACCAUGCUAGCGCCGCCGAACCCGAGGUCAAUAUGCGGCCAGGACCCGGGCUGGUCGUGAUGGCGCUUGCGUUUAUUUCGGGGGCUCGGCGAGGCACCAGUCAACAGAGCAGUGCCAGUCAAGGUAGCAAGUUGGGCAAAUUUGAGGAAGACAAUACGGAAGCACUAUCACGGAUAAAUCCGUGGUUGUCAGCGUGCGAUCUGGCGCAACCCAACUCAGCACCGGAUCUCCAGGGUCAAUGUUCAGCCGGUACACUGCCUGUGGCCUGGAUAGACGAAGGUCCUGGUCCACCGCGGUGUCCACCGCCAUGCAAGGCUAAGUCUAAUAAUAAAAAUAGUAAUUAUAAGCCAAACAAUAUUGAUAAUACUAAAUAUAACAUGGAGAACCGGUUACAUGAUAAACAACAGUGCCUUGACUAUUUGGGCGAUAAUGAAGAGUUAAGUCCAGCACAAAUUUGUAAAAAAUCGUCACAAAGUAUUGAGACCAAGUUGAAAACGUUACGUUUAAGACAUUGUUGUGAACGUACUGUUGGCAGCGCGCUGCACAACGCGGCCUACGCCGGGGUGCUGCGCGGUGGUUCAGAAUGUGUUAGGAUGCUGAGUGACCUGCUGGAAACGGAUGCACUAGCCGCGCGGAUCACCUGCGAAUUCACCGAGGUGCUAGUGCGGUACGACUGCGGACAGCCGUUCUCGAUCAUCCACCAUUGCGAGGACUGCAAGGAGGCAUAUCGACGGUGGGGCUGCAGCAUGCUAUUGCCAUUUUUUACGACAAGAGAGGAAGUGGCAAGCGUGGACGCCAUGAUAGGAAGUGUCGACGGCAGUAGCAAUAGCGGCGGAAGCAGCUCCGGAAGUGCGACGUCGAGCGGUAGUGGCAGUGAAAGCGGCCACACAAGUGUUAACAAUAAAACCGGAAUCAACGGCAACCGGACGAGUCGCGGUAAAUCGAACUCCAACUACCGUGGCGCCGUCCCGAACAAGCAGACUGAACCGAACUUGAACGAUGCGAAUAAGCAGCAACUAGUAGAAAAUAUAUCAAUCACUGUGAAAAGUUCACGUCGAAAAACGCAACGAGUACGAAUACGACCAUGUCUAGAUGUAUGUCAAACCGUAGAGCAAAAAUGUCCGUACAUGCUGCCGGGAGACCGAGCUCCGGCGUAUCCAACCCAGUAUGCCGGCGAGCCCACGUUUCUAUGUCGAGAUCUAAACAUCGAGGAAACCGGAGAGCAGCGGCAAAAGUCCAACAGCGGCCCGAUCGACUGCUGCUACGACUACUGUGGGCUGAGUCCGCGUUCCGGUGUCUGCACACAAUGCGAUCCUUGGCUGUACGAGGAAGAAGACGACGACGACGACGGCGGCAACCACACCAAGAGCGAGAACGCCGUCGUCCGUGACGAAAAUGCCCUGGGCAAAAUGUCUAAGGCCAACAAAGAGAAUUCUCUAGAUAGUAGCAGUAGUAGUAGUUUUAGCAGUAGCAGUAGUGAUACCAGUAGAAGAAGUAACCUCUUAGCCGAGCUAAGGUUCCACAGCGAGCUGCCGCCCCGAUUAGCCACGUGUCCGAGUAUAACAAGCGCAACAAUCCCGUCAACACAAUCGGAGCAUUGCAAAUCAGCGCAGCAGCUGCUACUACAGCAACAAUUACAACAGCAACAGCAAGCAUCCAACGCCGUCUCUACUCCCACUUCCAGCACUAUCAGUAAAGGUGCUGCUGCUGCUGCUGCCCUCUCGAUGGCGUCGCCGGCGACGCCAGCAGCCAUUACAAGUCCGUCGACGAACCCAUUGACACCCGCGUCUUCGUCAGCCUCAUCCACCGCAUCGUCGUCAUCAUUUCUUAGACUAACUAGCAUAAAGUCGGUUUAUGGUGUAUUCUUCAACAACUCGUGGACGAUGAGGCUGCGGUGUCUGGACGAAUUCGUUGCAUGGACGAAAAUCCUGCUCCAGUUAGCGGGGUUAUAG